AUGGGGCAGCUUUUAUCGCAUCCAUUGACGGAAAAGACGAUUAUCUACAAUGAAUACGAGAAUUUCCCUCACUAUCUGCAGAGACAUCGUCUAGUGCACAGAUCCAAGCCGAAUUCGGGCCAAGAAACCAGGAAAACCCCGCAAUUUUUCAACUGUGUGGGCUCAAUGCAGGGAUAUCGACUCACACAGGAAGAUGCACAUCUGGUGGCGAACUGUGACAGUGUUUUGAGCGUGGGAUUCUACGAUCCGUUCAAGAACGCGGAAGAAAAACUGCAAAUUUCGUUUUUUGGGGUCUUUGACGGACAUGGUGGGAGUGAAUGCUCGCAAUUUGUGAGCUCUGAAGAAGACCGGGAAGAAGGCAUAAGCAAGUGGAUCAAAUUCGCGUUUGAAACUCACGAGUAUGGAGCCCGUGACGUUGUGCCCAAAUCAGACAGAAAGUUUGCUCGUUUAUUUAACACCAUUGAAGGGCUAAUUUCCCAAAUCUUGAAGGAUGCGUUUUUGCUGCAAGAUCGGGAAUUGUAUUGUCAUUUUGCCAAAGAAUCGUGCGGCACAACGGCUAUUGUGGCACUGGUCAUCAAUGGGGAAAUGAUCUAUGUUGCCAACGCAGGAGAUUCACGAUGUGUGCUUUCCACCAAGGGCGGAGGUGUCAAGACGUUUUCCUUCGACCACAAACCUCAGCACAUAGGAGAGCUGGUCAGAAUAAACGAUGACGGCGGCACUGUGUCUUUGGGCAGAGUCGGUGGAGUUCUGGCACUAAGCCGGGCUUUUGGCGACUUUCAAUUCAAGACCAGUGUUUCGUACAAGAAUAAUAAUUCUGGGCUGUCUGCUGCUCAGAAAUACGUGGCACCGGCUCAAGAAUCACAAGUUACUGCAGAACCAGACGUCUUACCACAUCGUAUAAGCUACGACCGCGAUGAGUUCCUGAUUCUGGCUUGUGAUGGGAUUUGGGACCUUUACAGUAACAAGAAUCUCAUUCAAUUCAUAAAGUAUCAUCUAGCACUUGGACAAAAGCUGGACGACAUUGUUACUAAACUGCUCGAUCACGGUAUAAACUCUGCAGACAGCAACACCGGAGUGGGGUUCGAUAAUAUGACUAUAAUAAUUGUUGUUCUUAAUCGACCGGGUGAAACGCUCGCCGAUUGGUAUAACAAAAUGAAAACCCGGUUGGAACGGGAAAAGGGUUUAAUUGCAUGA